AUGCCAACCCCCUUCUACGUUCAAGUCCCCCGUCAAGGGAACCAAUCACCCAACUUUGUACAUCAGAGCACCGCAUACUCUGAGAGGACGAAUGCUUGGUUGCGAGAGGAUCAUAAGGAUAUGCCGUGGCAUAUCAUUGAUUCGAUUGUAACGUCUAGCAGUAACACAUCUGACCCCAACCCCAACACCAGCGCUUCACCAAACCCUGCCACUCAGGGCAGUGCCAAGUAG